UGCACCGGAACCGUGUGAGAUCCGUCUGCAGUUGGUGUUUCUACUGGAGGGUCGAGAUGUUUUUCUGGACGCAGAGCGACUCAGAGCAGUUCCACGGAUCCAUGUCGAAGAGCGACAUCCUCCGAGGAAUCAUCACCGACAGGCUGAACACCGCGGCCCGGGAGAUCCUGGCGGUGGUGGAGCGGACGAUGGCCGACUACGAGGAGGAGGCUUCGGGCUUCAGGCGGGAGAUCGACCGGCAGCGGAGACAGCUGGAGCUGCUGCAGCCUCAUGUCCAGCUGGAGAGGAGAGAUCUGCUGCAUGACGUGGACGGCCGUGAGCUGGAGGUCAUUGGUGACAACAAAGAGGAGCAGCAGGUGAGUCCAGGUGAUCAGAACUCUGGGAGCUUCCUCUGGUACAACAACAGCGAUGGCGAUGGUGAUGAUGAUGAUGAUGAUGAUGAAGAGGGGCGACCAGCAGCCAGACCCAUACAGCAACUAGAAGAUCUGAAGGACCCAGAUUACCAAACUCCGUCCAGGUCGUUGUCGCCCAGAGUCCCGUCUGUCAGGAAGAAGUCCGGCAGACCUCGGCUCAGCGACACUCAGAACCGCCUGGAUCUGAAGGUCCGAGUCCUGGAGGCGUCUCAGGGCGACAUGCUGUCCAACACUGUGUUUAGGAAGUACCCAGUUCAGGAGCUCCAGUGUCCUCGAGGUCUUCAGGAGGAGGACUUCCUGGUCCUGCUGAGGUCCAGCUUUCCUCAGCUGGCUGGUGAACAACCUUUUGACGUUUUCAUGACCGACAAAAGCAGGAGACUUCAGCCUCUGAACGUGGAGACUCUGACUCCAGAGGAGAUCUGCCGGGUCAUCGGGUCCGCCGGGAACUCUGCCCUCUACAUCCGGCUGAAGACAGCAGAGGGUCCUGGGAGCUGCAGUGAAAACCUUCAUCCUCCACAGGAACCAGAAGAUGAUGGCAGAUCCAGCACAACGUUGGCCAAUCAAACCGGAACAACACCGAGAGGUCAGUCUGACAGGAGGAGGCGAGGAAGACCUCGACUCGGUGAAGAACCAACUCACCACCUCCUCAGGAUCUGCAUGCUGGACGACCCUGAGACCAACAAGGUCUCAGAAUCAGUGUUGCUGAGGUCGUCCAUAAAGGACUUCAGCUGUCCUCGUGGUCUACAGGAGGCCGACUUCUUGGACCUGCUGAGGUCCACCUUCCCUCAGCUGGCCGGAGACAACAAACCGUUCAACAUCUUCAAGGCUGACCGAAGCAAGAGGCUGCAGAGGCUUAUGGUGAACAGUCUGACGCCAGACGAGAUCUAUCGGACCACGAGAUCCACCGGGAUCAGGAAGACUCUCCUCUACAUCAGGCUGAAGCCAGGAGAGGAGAAAGAAGAACCAAACAACGAACCUCUGCCCAUCGAUGCUGUGGUGAUAAAGUCUGACAGAGCCGAGCUUCAUUCAAGCAGCUUUGUUCAACAUGUAGAUGGAGCCAGAGUGGACGCCGUGAUCUCAACAUCACAACAACACGACCUGGAAAUCAAAGAAGAUGUAGCUGAGACUCAAGUGGACUCCAGCGUGGACCGAGACUGUGAAGCGGAAUUCCAGGGAGACGAGGAGUGGAACCCAAAGUCGUCGAAGGAAAUGCCCAAAACCGGCCGCUCCAAGAUCAUGGAAAUCCACAGUAAGAAGAGUAAGAACCCGUGUAGAGUGUGUAGAAUCUGGUACCGGAACCAGGGCAGCCUGAUCAGACACGCCUGGAGUCACGUGGACGAGUCUCAGACUGUCUGUGGAGUGUGUGGAGAUCGACUGGAGUCUGAGGGAGACUUGAAGGGACAUCUUAGAAAACAUCAAAAAACAUUCGACUGUUCGCAGUGCGGGAAACCUUUCUUCACCCUCCACAGCCUCAACCGCCACAACUCCCUGCACACCGGAGAGCGACCAUUUACAUGCAACGUCUGCAACAAGUCCUUCACCCACAUGUCCAUCCUGACCACCCACCGCUGGGUCCACGUGGCAGAUAAACCGCACAAAUGUGACAUUUGCCAGAAAUCAUUCGGUCUGAAGGCGCAGCUCAGAGCUCACUGCAAACUGCACACCGGCAGAGACAAAUACAUCUGCAACAUCUGCGGUCUGUCACUGUAUGACCGCAGGUCUUUGAACCGACACAAGCUGACCCACUCGGGGGAGCGGCGCUACGGCUGCGAGGUCUGCGGGAAGCGUUUCAAACUGUCCGGCACUCUGAAGUCCCACGAGAAGAUCCACACGGUCAGAGAGCGGCAGUACCUCUGCCACAUCUGCUGCAAGACGUUCCUGUCCAGCUCCAGCCUGACGCUCCAUGUCAGGACGCACACCAACGAGAAGCCAUUCGUCUGCGUCGUCUGCAGCAAAGGCUUCGUGGCCAACGGUCAGCUCAAGGCCCACAUGCGAGUUCACAGCGGCGAGGCGCCGUACGGCUGCAACGAGUGCGGACGCUUCUUCAAACGUAAGAACACCCUGAUCUGCCACGUCAGGAGCCACCUGGGCAUCAAACGCUUCGUCUGCGGGGUUUGUGGGAAGGCGUGUUCUCGGCAGGAACACCUGACGGUCCACAUGAGGACCCACAACGGAGAGCGACCGUAUGAGUGCAGCGUCUGCAGCAAGGCCUUCACCCAGAGCCACUGUCUGAAGACCCACAUGAAGAGCCACCAGGCCGAGGAGAACCCCUUCCUCCAUCCAUCCACCUCCUGAAGCUUCUCAUCAGCCUGAAACCCCCAGACAGAUCAGUCAAAAUCUUCAUGUCCAGGCCUUUAGGAGAAAAAUGUGGCCUUCGUAGUCUCUGUGUAGCUUUGUAUACAGCUCAUGUCAAGCUAACUGUUGCAAAUAUAUAUCUUUGCUGAAGUCUAGAAACUGAUGUAGUUUUGUUGGAAUGAACCCGUAGCUUCUGGACCUUACUUCGCUGGACACACUUACAUCCUAAUUCACAUCCCUUCUUCUUGGUUGAGUUACUCUUGAAGUAUUUUUUGCUUCACUGUGGAACAAACAUCCAGUGUAACCUCACAAAUCGACCUUUCCAGUGUCACCUGCCGCUGAAGAGUUGAAAAGAAAAAUGUGUUGGAGUAGUUUAUAUGUCGAGAUGGAGACUUGUAUUGAAGUUGCAACCUGAAUACUACUCUCCAUCUAGCCUCCAUCUCGCCAUUUUCAAACUCCUGCCUUUCGACUGAAUAAGUCUCCAGGUCGAUAUUGUUUCUCAACAACAGAACUCACCCUUUCCAAUGAUAUUGGUGUUUUUUUUGCAUUGCCUGCAAUCCAUUAUAUAAUUUUAGAAGAUUAUACCCACCUGAAGUAUUGUAGAUCAGCUGUAGUACCUGAUUACACCACCAGGUGGAGCCUGUUUAUUACCCCUUAUUCAUCCCACGAGGGGAAAUUCUGUUACUGUUUAAUGCAGUAGUGAUCAGAGGAGACGUAACUUAGACUACAGGAAGUUAAUGUUGUCAAGCAGAGAGCAUUAUGGGGGUUUAGCCAGUAAAGUGGGCACCAUGACAAAGACUUCUGUGAUACUUUCUGACGUCAUGUUUUAAAACAAGACAGGACUGACGAGGGCAGUAUUCAUGUGUAACAGUGGCCAAUGACCGCAAUGUCAAAUGACAACAGGGGUCAAUUUAUGUUACAAGUUUAUCAGUUAUUGAUUGAAAAUGCUGCAUUUAUUGAGAACAUUAUUCAGAUUCAUGACAUUUGUGAGACAGUGAACGUAAACAAAGCACUGAGUUUAAUAAGUUAAAAAGUGCCUUCAUCAGCCCUGAUCCCAGUCUGAAGAUCAAGAUGUAUAAAAACCCGCUCCUCCGACAAAGAUGUUAGUGAGUUUUUGUUCUGACGUGACUAAAAUAAUACUUUGUGAAAAAUAUAAAAAUGUCAUUUCCUUCCUGAA